AUGCAUCCUAAUGCAAAACGAAUACAUAUAGGCGCCGAUGAAGCAUAUACUAUCGGUAAAGAUACUCGAUGUGUGAAUAGACUUAUAGCAAAAUAUGCUCGAAAUGAAUUGGGAUUUGUGGAAGUGCUGGUAUGGAAUGAUAUGUUCGGUGAUAUUGAUGCUGCUUUGUUGAAGGAAUAUCAAAUGGGUGAACUGUUUGUUCCCGUUGUUUGGGGUUAUGCUGUUGAUGUUAAUAAAUUGAAUUACUUCCCAGCGAAUAUGUUUAAAAGAUAUUCUCAGGUUUUUUCAAAGAUGAUGUUUGCAAGUGCAUUCAAAGGUGCAAAUGGACAAAAUGAAUUAUUUUGUUACAUUAGACGAUAUCUUGCCACUCAACAAUCAUAUGUGAGGUUGUAUGAGAAAGAAAAAAAGGAUUUGCAUGGCAAAAUUUCGGGUAUCAUUUUAACCGGUUGGCAACGAUACAGUCAUUACAGUCCAUUAUGUGAAAUUUUACCGGUUUCAAUCCCAUCAUUGAUUGUUGAUCUCAUUUAUUUAAAUAAUAUCGAAUUGAGCGAAGAUGAAAUAGAUAUACUUAAUUGUCGAAAUACUAUUGCGAAGAGGUCUGAGAAAAAUGCUGUAACCAUCGCGGGCUCAAAGAAUAGAAGUGAUGCGAUUUCAUUGGAGAUGAUGUUUACAAAUUGCUCAUUUCCAGGAAGUAAAAUUUAUGAUGAGGUGGCGAAUCUUCUCCGGUAUGUAACAGGAGAGAAACAGCCAAUCACAAUUCUUCAAAAGACACGUGAAAAUGUACGUUUACGUUUAGGAGAAUUAAAUGAAACAAUAUAA